UCAUUAUUAUUUUUUGGAAAUUUCCUUGUAUAUAUAGUCUUCUUUUUAAAUUCCAUUCAAUUCAUAUAUCGCCAUUGGUGAUUUCAUUUUUCCCAUUAAAAAUUAUCUCACCCAUUUAUCGUUUUCGACUGAGUCAAAUUUCCGGCACUUUAUAUACCAUCUGUUUGUAGUUAUAUCGUAACACAGUCACUUGGUUUCUGACCCUUUUAUUUUGGAUUUGCAAGGACUUCCGAACUACUCUGAAUCAUCACACUCUUGGGUUUCAUCUAUUUCAUGGGAUUUUUGACAUCCACAGAAAUUAUGGCACAUUGUUCUGGAGGUUGGUUGCUUUCCUUACUAAUUCUCCUAUUGGGCUUAAGUGUUCAAACUUCACAAUCUCGUAUAACUAUUGAAAAUGGGGUAAAAUCUUCUGUCUUUCUAUCUCCGAAGUUUGUAAUGGAACCAGGAUCAGUGGUAAACAAGUACUACCAUGACAUUGACUUUCCAAGAGGUCAUAUUGCCAUCAAGAGUUUCAAUGCUGAAGUAGUUGAUGAGGCAGGAAAUCCCAUUCCCCUUCACGAAACUUAUCUCCACCAUUGGGUUGUUAUGGGAUACCAUCAGCGUAAAAGUGUAGAAAUUCCAAAGUACAAUGACAGUCUGGGGUUCAAGUCGUUCAAUCAAUCUGACAUAAUUUUAGUGAAAAACACUGGUGUAUGUGAUCAGGGCCUUGGCCAGUAUUUUGGCCUUGGAUCUGAAACACGAAGAACAGACACACAUGUGCCAGAUCCCUAUGGAAUAGAAGCUGGUAAUCCGGCCGAAAUUCCUGAUGGAUAUGAGGAGAAAUGGUUGAUGAAUGUCCAUGCAAUUGAUACGCGGGGUGUGGAAGAUAGGUUGGGAUGCACCGAAUGUAGGUGUGAUCUUUAUAAUGUUACAGAGGAUGAAAAUGGUAGACCUUUGAAGCCAGGUUAUAUAGGAGGCUUGAGAUGUUGCUAUGAUCAGACACAAUGCAGGGUGAGAGAAGGCUUUGAGAGUCCCAAGAGAGGUCUAUACAUGAGAUAUACAGUGAAGUGGGUUGACUGGAAUAAUUUCAUCGUGCCUGUUAAAAUAUAUAUAUUUGAUGUAACUGAGAUAUGGAAGAAGCUAGAUGACGGAGUUAUAAUUCAUCAAUGCCAGGUGGAAUAUGAAGUUGAUGCUUGCACUGCCACUGAUGAGGCUAAUGAUGGUUGCAUUGACACCAAAAGGGUAAGCCUUUCUAUGCCAACUGGUGGUAAUGUCAUCUACAGUGUUGCACACCAGCAUACAGGGGGAAUUGGUUCGACUCUUUAUGGGGAGGAUGGACGGGUAAUAUGCCAUUCAAUACCGACUUAUGGAGAAGGAAAGGAAGCAGGAAAUGAGGCUGGUUAUAUUGUAGGAAUGUCCACUUGUUAUCCUCAACCCGGCUCUGUCAAGAUAUCUGACGGGGAGACUCUAGUUCUGGAAUCAAAUUAUAGCAGUGCCAAAAGGCAUACAGGAGUUAUGGGGCUCUUCUACAUUUUGGUUGCAGACACAGUACCACAGCCCAAAUCUUUCCUGCCUGCUCCGGUUGAAGAGCAUGAAAAGAUGACAUUACCUCGUUCUGUUUGGGGUAUAGCAUUUUUUGGAAUGGCAAUAGCUGUAGCUGCUGUUGUUGCUUUUCGAAGAAAGAGUGAACGAGAGGAGGGCUACCAAUCAAUUUGAUGUGGGCUGGUAGUAACAUGUUUAAUUUUGUAAUGUAUGUAUGAACUUUUUUGCUAUCCACAGUCAGAACUUACAUAACUCUGUAGUAAUAAAUUAAACCUUUUAUUACCUCCAUAAGUAGUUCAUUUUCUUCUCUAAAUUUGUAUAAUCGAAUCAAACACAUUACUUUGAACUAUGCUAGUGUUGGUUGAGUUGUUUUGCA